GUCCAUUCUGUCUCAGCGCUUGAACGGCUGGAUGGGAGGAAGAGAGGGGAGGUAGUGGCAGAUACUUAUCACAUAGGAGGGUUGUUUGGAGGUGGGGUAAAAAAGAGGGAGGGCACAGAAUCGAGUUCCUUCCUCCACGAAGCACUUGCCUAUCUAACGUGAUUCUCAGUCAAGGUCAAUAACAAGUGAAUCUCAACCAAGAAGUGAAUUUCUAGCAAGAGGUGAUUUUCAGCCAAGAAAAAUGCUCCACCAGGACCGACCAAUGAAUCCCCAAUAUGGGGGGCAAUUAGGGGGCUCAUCCUCACUGCGCAUCCUCAGCAACCAUAGUCAGCAGCAGACAGUAAGCAGGAAGCCAGCUGAGAAGGAUGGCAACUUCAACUUCCUGGCUCAAGAUGACGACGGCGUGACAGCAGGGGACGAGAAUCGCAACCAGGUGCGUCCUCGUAACCUGGGCCCCUUGGGCCGCGACCAGCCCCACCCACCCACCUUGGCCUCUGCCAACCACUACAGCCCAGGGCUCCUGUCUCCGCUCUCCCGACUUCCCUGUUGGAGCCCCCUAGAGCCCCUGCCGGAGAUUGAGAGUGGGGACGAUGGCUACGGAAGAGUGCCCCCGGAUGGGGCUGAGGAGGGCAAGAUGGAGGAGGAAAUGAGGAGGAUGAGCGAUGACAAGAAGGAGGAACGAGAGCUGGAGGGAGGCGCUAUGAAACGGGGCGCAGUGGAGGACCAAGAGGACGAGGAGACAGAGGAGGACCUGGAGGAAUGGGGCGACAGCGAUUCUGAGUUUGAGUUCAGCUACAGGUCCGGCGGCAGCCUGUCCUCUCUCAACAUGGAGAGUGGAGGCGAAGGGGCCAGCACGGGUGGCUGGGACCGCAUCGGUGUGGGAGAACCCAAACCUGAACAGCACAAGUGGGGCAAUCAGGGUGCCCCGGCCGAGCCGCCCACCCGCCCUUCUGCCAGGGAGUUUGAUGACGAGACGGGGAGGAAAUGGGCCGAGAAGCCUCUGAGAACCGGGAACAGCCUGGUGGACAGGGAAACACUCUCUGACUCAGACACGGACUGCGGCGAGCUGCCUGAGCUCCAGGACGCCGUCUGGACCCUGAGGGACCGCGAGCGCUUCAAGGCCCAGGAGAUGGAAAAGCAUCAGGUCCAGCUGACCAUGUACCGCAGGUUGGCUCUGAUCCGCUGGGUCCGCACCCUGCAGGGCUGUGUCCAGGAACAGCAGAACCGCCUCCAGUCCAGUUUCGAUGUCAUCCUUGAUCACAGGAAGGAGCUGCUACGCAUGGGCACUGCCACUGCAGCAACUGCCACCGCCAGCCAAUCAUAGAGCAGGAAGGAAGCGCGGGGGGCCAUAACAGGAAGUGGUCACCAGCAGAGGACUGUCAAUUGCUUAUGGGGAAUACAACAGUGUUGUUUCCUUUGGUGAUGCUUGUCUCCUUAACCUGAUCUUGUGAAAAUAAUUUGACAAUCUCCCAGCAUCCUCAAGAAUUUCCUCUAGUGUGGUGUUUUAAUAAGUUGGUAAUGUAGUUAGCUUUUGAUUUAGUAUCCUAUCCUGUGUCUAUAUGCAAUUAUAUACUGGGUAGUUUGGGUCCUGGAUGCUAAUUAGCUGAAAGCGAUGGUAUAUCAGACAAUAUACCAUGGGCAUGAUGAUAAAAAAUUGUGUAAUAGCAAUAAGCCAUAAUUGGGGUCUGUGGUAUAUAGUUAACAUAACCUGGCUAUCCAGGCACUCAGCAUUGUUUCGUGCUUAAAAACAGUCUUUAGCUGUGGUAUUGGCCAUAUACUAUGCCUCAGGCCAAAUUGCAUUAAAAUAUUGAAGUCAGCUUUCUUAUUGAGGACCAGCACAAACUUUUUAAACCUAACUUUGCCUAACAGAACGUGACAAUGUAUGAGAUUCAAAGUUUAUGAAAAGUUUAAUAUAUGUUUGUAUUUUCAAAUGUUCUACAACCAAUGUCUAUGCUUUUAUGGUCACUAUAACUGUGAUAUAAUCCAUGCCAAAAAUAUUCAGAAUACAAUAUGAGAUGACAAAGUUAUACAUGUUGUAUCUUAAAUGUUUAUUUAUUCCAGUGACAUAAUAAAAGAAUAUCUUCGA